CCCUCACUUUAAGUGCAAUGCACACAUAAUAAUCAAAUUGAAUAAACUAUAUGGUUGUGAUGGAAGAUUAUUCUUUCAAGAAGCCAGGAGCAGUUCCAUUCAAAUGGGAGAUCAAACCUGGACUCCCCAUACCCCAUCAUCACAACCUGUUGGAAUCUCCCUCAUUGAAGCUCAGGCCACCGCCGCCACUCGGCUCCUACAAGUUAUCUCCCGUGGAGCCUCGGACACGGUCUUUCCGAUCAAGUCCUAAGGUCCGGUCUAAAAGAUGGCAGUUUGAGCGACCCCUUGCCCAACCCGAGAUCGUGGCUUCGUCGGGUUGUUUCUUCUCGCCUUUUUUGAAGCGGCUACGGAGAAGGAAGACGGUUCCAAAGAAAGUGGUUGAAUUUGAUUAUACAUCGGAGCUGGAGACGCUUGGUCGGUGGUCUUUUUCGUCGACUACAAAGUCUCUCUCGCCAUUCCGGCCUUCAACAGUGUCGUCUUCUAUUGCAUCGUCGCCACAACCUGUUGGCGAUGUUGAAUGGGCCGGGUUCGGUCUUUUCUGAAAUACUUUGAUCUUUAAUUUAGUAUUUUUAUUACAAUGAGGGCUAAACACUUUGGAAAAAAAUUACACCGAAACUAAACGAGGGAUAGGAAUUUUCAAAAUAUCAGCGGCCAAUACAGAACUAAUAUGCGGAGGACAAUCAUCAAAGAAUUGAAUUGCCUCAUUCAGCGAACACCUCAAAGAUGGUAAUGCAUCCGCACACGGUGCUAAUGACAUCAAAAGGAUUGUGUAUUCACUUCAUUACACCAAAUAAUGUAGUAUUUUUUUUUUUACCAAACCAAAUAAUGUAGUCUUAAAAGUUCAUUUUGUAUCCAGCAACGGUAUAAGAAGAUUUCACGAUUUAUGUAAAAAAAAAUUAUUGUAAAAUAUAAGAUGAACUUUGAAUAAAUAUAUAUAUGUGCAUUUAUAAUCAAAAGAGGUUUUCAGAAAGUUGAAAUUGAAUUUUUUUUUUGAUGUAAAAGUUGAAAUUGAAUUUAAUUGUAGCAAUCAAUACUUUUAAGUAGUUUAGUGAUAAAAAUUUUAUACAUCAAGAUAAAUAAGAAAAGAAUCUCAAGUACCUCAACCCUUACGUAUUGUAAUUUCGUCUCUUUAAUUUUAAAUGAGUGAAUACUAGC